CCGGUCGCUAUCACUGCAGACCAUCGCCAUAGCAACCCCAUCGUUUGGUUUCCAUACCCGAACGAGAGACUAGUUAAAAGUAGCAAACUGUUUUCAGUAUUUUUUCGGGACGUCGAUCAAAUCAAACAGCUGUCUUGUCCGCGGCAAAUUGCGGUACCUCUCUUUUACUUAUUUCUUAAAUCAUCCCAAGUUGGCAUAUCCAAACUCUAAAACUUCAGAUAACGUUUAAACAUAAAUAUCAAAUAAAUGAAUGAAAAUUAAAAUCUCAUUUCUAAAAUGCGAACCUGCUGUAUACCUAAUUGCAGUUCUCGUUAUAGUAAGGGAAAGAUAUCCUUUCAUGAAAUUCCUUCAGACAGUAAUCGUCGAAAAUUAUGGUUAGAUGCCAUAAACAAAGGUUCACCAGACGAUUCUUCAAGGAAAUUCAUCGAUAAUGCUGUGGUAUGCAGAAAACAUUUUAAACCAGAUGACUUCAAGCAAGGACUUAAGACAGCAAACCUUUUGAAGCAAGAUGCUGUUCCCUCUAUAUUUCCACAUUCUAAGUGUCUAAGUUCUCCAAGAAUAGCAAACAAGAUUAUCUGUUGUCAAAUUGUGAAAGUAGAAUCAAAAAAUGUGUCUGGUGAUGAACAAUCUCACAUAUUAGAUCCUCUUAGUAUUGCAGAAGAUGCAAAUCCAAAAGGUAUUAAUGUUGAACUUCCAGAUGCUUCACCCCCGAGGGUCUCCUGUCACUACAGUGACUCAUCAGAUGAGAGUCCCUCGGGAGAACUUCGAAAUACAUCAUUACCGCUUGGAAAUAAUGAAAAUCUGCCUGAUAAUUCUACUUUUGAAUCAUCAAAUAUUUUAGCUUUAAAACGUCAAAAUGCAGAUUUGAAACGAAAAUUAAAAGUAGCAACUCUAAGGGCCAAUAGAGCCCGGAAAACUGUUAAAAGAAUAAAAAAUGAAAAGAAAUCCUUAUCAAGAGAAAAUAUUGAACUGAUUCAAAAAUUGACUGAUUUUUCAAGUAUUGAAAAUCAAGCUGCUGCUGGGUCAGAGCAUGCAAUAUUUAUAUUGGACCAAGUAAAAGCUUACCAUAAAAAGACAUUUCAUUGGAGUACUGAAGUUAUGAAGAACUGUCUAUUGUGGCAGAAAAAAUUUCCAAGAGGAUACAAGUUUGUGCGAGAUUCGAAUUUUUUAAAAUUACCAGGCAAUACAACUUUAAAAAAGUUUCAAGGGCUUUUCACCUCCAAGUCCAUUUUUUUGAGUUAAGUACACUUUUAACAAUUUGGUGCAUGCAGUCAUUUUUUAAAUGAUUGGAAAAUCUAUUUUAAAAGUCCUCUCUCCUCAUUGUGAUCGGAAAUCAAUUAUGGCAUCAAAGAAAUGUAAUUUUCAAUAUUUUCCCAUCUGCCACGUAACUGUCAACUCUGAAAUUAAAGAAAUGUAACUGACCCUAUUUUUUUGCUUUUUAUUUUUUGUUUGGGGGGGAAGGUUCCAAUUCAAAGAAAGUUAUAUUUUACUAAGAUAUCAAUUAUGAUUUAGUAUUUCUUCAAGAAAAGUAAAAUGCUAAAUCAUAAAACAAAAACUAUUUUUUUCAUUCUUAAUAUCAACAAGAAAUGAAGCUGGACCUAUAAGAAGCAAUAGGUCUUAAACUAUAUGAUAGUAAACCUAAAGUUCCUGUUUAAAAAAAAGUUCAUGAAUUUAACUAGUAUAGCUUUUAA